CUCCUUUGAGCCAUCGAGUACGUCCUCACUCCACCUCUCUCAACCCCAAGGGGAUAGGUAUCUCGUGAACCUCCAUCUCGCAUCGCUGCACUUCAGCACGCUGCGGAAGCCGGGAAAUGUCGUCUCAGCUGUAGCGCCAGGCCGCUGAGAAGGAAACACAAACAGAUACCGGCAAAAUUACAACGAAACCCACCCCGCUACACUCGUUCAUCCAUCGAAGCUCUGAUUUUCAUUCUUCUGGGGUGUUGAACCCAUAUAUUCAUUUUGUCGAAUUCGGGACAAGGUGGCAUUUGGAAGGAAGCUGUGAGCCGCUGGUCGACGACAGCCGAGACAUUUUGCCUCUUUGUCGAUUGGAAGGUCCCGAAGAAGCCGCACCGAGAUACGAGAAGCAUCGCGUCCGUCCGGCUCCAGUACACACUAGACUGCGUUAAAAACGCCUGAUACGGUAGCGACACCCGAUCCCACGAUGAAGUCGAUGGUUUUUGCCGCAGCGCUCGUCGCUCUUGCCGACGCGCUGCCAGACAACCCGCUGUCGUUCAGGCAUUGGAAGCGCAACAAUAUCGUCAACCGCUAUGUGAAGGGGAAGGAACAACCAAUCGAACCGCCUACGCUGGGCGCACCCACAGUGCAAGGCUGCUUCAAGUCGGCGGGCAACAUGACGAUGGUGGACACGCCAGAAUUCAACAGCAUCGACAAGUGUGGCAAGGAUAUCUGCGCGUCAAAGGGUUAUACCGCGGCCGGGUCGUCGGGCGGAAACCAGUGCUGGUGCGGCUAUGUUUACCCGCCCAAAUCAGACCUGGUGGACGACGACAACUGCGAUGUCGGCUGCACCGGCUUCGGCCAACAUGCUUGCGGCGGCAUUGAUUAUUGGACUAUUUACAAUACCGGUGUUAACCUCGCCGUGAAGUAUAUGGAGGACCAGAAGUCGUCCACUUCCUCGUCGUCCACCGCGACGCCAACACACACGUCAGAACCGGAGAAGACACUGAUCGUCACGGCGUCGCCCACAAGCAGUUCCGACGCUGACGAGGACAAAGGCGGAGGCACCAAUGUCGCCGGUGUUGCUGCUGGUGUUGUUGUGGGGGUCGUCGUUGUUGCGGCCCUCAUUGGCGGCGGCUUCGUGUACAUGCGCCGUAAGCGGAACAAGGAGAUCGAGGAAGAGCACCGUCGCAACGCGGCAGUCAACGCCUUCAUCGGCAAGACACCCCGCAGCAGCGGGGGCACGUCAAUGUCAGAUUCCCGCCUGGACCCGAUCCUGGCUGCGCGGAGGAUGAGCGACGGCAGCAUCGCCGACAAUCAAGACUAUUCCAGGAGGAUCCUUCGCGUCACCAAUGCAUGAUUGCACCGCUCCAGUGAUGACGACAAACGAACUCGCCCUGAAUUUUACUUUUGACAGUAGCAGCAUAAACGGCGUUUUGGGGAAGGGUGGUAAGGGUGGGGGAGAGGGUAUUCUCCGAGUCUUCUCGCACACUUGGUGGCGGAUCGAGCUCACAACUAUCACACGAACGGGACCUACCUGGGGGCGUCUUCUCUUUUUUGUUUGUACGGCCAGCGCGAGCACGUCCGGGGUACGCCACCGUUGCGUUGACGAGGCGGCCGGACCCUCGGUGUGCCUGCGCAGCCUCUCCCUCUCUCCUUCGCUACACUAUUUAGACCAGUACCCGGGGCCCUGGCGCCGUUCUCUACGCCGUCCGCCCGGCCUCGCAGCCUUUUUCUUUCGGAACGAUCGACUUGCAGUAUUCAAUGGGGACAGAAUCUACUUUAAGGCGUCGUUUCGGUCUCCAUGGGUGUAUUGUGAUGACACUCCCUCGCAUGCGGCCCGUCAGCCGUGACGACCUUGUCGGUGCUUUCAACAAGCGGUCCAUUAGGCGAGCGAUCGAGCUUCCUGAGAGGGCAGGCAGGCAGAGGCGGAACUUGCAUGACUUCCAGUGCCUACGUGAGUCCGCUCCUUUUUUGUAUUUGCUUCUAUCUAUCUGUGGCAGCAACGGUUUGGUAAAGGGGGGGUGGUUUGGGAACUACGGAUUACGAAUUACCUAGGUCAUAGACGGGAAUUCUAAAAUGACAAAUUCACUCGCUGUUGUCUCCCUCUC